GUCUUGAGUAAAAAGGGCUGACAAGAUUAAGAAGACUCGUCACCUCACACCUCAAGUAGAGGUAGAGCGAAUCGAGAGAGAGAGAGAGAGAGAGAGAGAGAGAGAGAGAGGGAUGGCGAGAGAUAUGGAUGUAGUGGAGAUUGUUGAGGAGGAGGACGAGGAAGAAGACAAGGAGUGCGAGGACUGGUGUUUCGUCUGCAAAGACGGAGGAAGCCUAAUGCUCUGUGACUUCAAGGACUGUCCAAAAGUUUAUCAUGAAAGUUGCAUUGGAAAGGAUAGCCCAGCAAGCAAGAUUGGAGACUCGUUCAUCUGUAAGUGGCACAGUUGCUACUUGUGUCCGAAGACACCAAAGCUAUGGUGCCUUUGUUGCCCACAUGCUGUAUGUGAAGACUGUGUUACUCAUGCUGAGUUCAUUCAACUUAAAGAGAAUAAAGGGUUAUGCAAUGAAUGCAAGGAGUUAGUCGAAAUUUUGGCGGAAGUUCAAGAAUAUGCUCCUGCUGCUGGGGAUAAGCUUAACUUGACAGAUCCGGAAACAAUUGAGUGUCUGUUUCUUGAGUAUUGGGAAAUAACAAAAACGAAAGAAGAUAUAACCUUUGACGAUGUCCGCGAUGCCUGUGCUUCAAAGCCACGAAAGAAAGGUGUCAAGUCAAAGUACAAAGAUGAUCCCAAAUUUUUACCUGGUGAUGUCCAGACUUCAAAGUCGAGAAAGAAAGGUGUCAAGCUGAAGCACAAAGAUGAUCCCAAAUUUUCACUUUCUGACCAUGCGGUUGAGGAUGCAGAAAAUUAUAAAACAGUGGGCAAUAAAAAGAAAAUGAAGUAUAUCAGAGGGGGUUCAAAGCCCCUGAUUGAUUUCCUAACGUCCAUAGGGGAAGACACCAGAAACGCCAUGUCACAACAUAGUGUGGAGUCAGUUAUCCGCAGGUACAUUCGUGAGAAAAACCUGCUUGACCGUGAGAAGAAGAAGAAAGUUCAUUGUGAUGAAAAGCUGUACUCUAUCUUCAGGAAAAAGUCUGUAAAUCAGAAAAGGAUUUAUACACUUUUAAAGACUCACUUGAUAGAAAACCUUGAAGAUCAGGUUGAGGAUUUCCUACCUUUGGAACAUGGCUUCAGUGGAAAGCAUUCCAGUGAAAAGAAUGAAAAGGUUUUAUUGCCGUGCAAGAAGCAAAAAACUGAAAAGUCCGAUGAGGAAACUUAUGAAAAGGAAGUGGAACCUCAAUUGCGGGCAACUGGUUUCGCAACGAUCAGUGUAGAUAAUAUAAAGCUUGUUUAUCUACGUAAGAGCUUAGUCGUAGAGUUACUGAAGCAGUAUGAGAGCUUUGGCGAUAAAGUGGUGGGAAGCUUUGUGAAAGUGAAGAAUGACCCUAGGGACUUUAUAGCGUACCAGAUCUUGCAGGUUACAGGCAUUAAGACUGCUGAUGACCAGAGUGAGGGUCUGCUUCUUCAUGUUGCUGGUAUGGCAAGUGGCGUUAGCAUUUCCAAGUUGGACGAUUCUGACAUAAGCCAGGAAGAGAUUAAAGAUUUGAAGCAAAAAGUGAUGGAUGGCCUUUUUAGACAGCCAACUGUUGUGGAGAUGGAGCAGAAGGCAAAGGCUCUCCAUGAUGAUAUAACAAAACAUUGGAUUGCAAGGCAGCUUAACAUUCUGCAGAGACGCAUCAACUCUGCCAAUGAGAAAGGAUGGAGAAGAGAAUUAGAGGAGUAUCUGGAGCAGAGAGAAGUUCUCGAAAAACCUUCAGAGCAGGAGAGAUUAUUAAGAGAAACUCCGAAGAUCAUUGAAGACUACAUCGAGAUAAAACAAGAACCAGAUAGCAGCAACCAAGGGGAUAUCAGUGGUCUGACUCAUGAGGCGGUGGUGAUAGCUAUCGACUAACCAAAGAUUAUUCAGAGCAUCUUCACAAGGAAGAAAGAUCAAUGCUGACAGUUGUACAUCUUUUUGUCCUUUAUCGGUUGAAUGGAAGUUUUCUCUUCUCUUCCAUUAGAAAACUUAAGAAACUCGGCUAAUAUGUUUGGUGAAGCUCUUUUUGGAACUUGGUAGGCGCUUUUGCAGACAGAAACAUGUAGCUAACUAUGUUUUUAUAUGAUGGUCAUGUAUGUAGUAGCAUCAAAGUGACAUGGGAUGUUUCAUGUUCAUGUAAUGUACUAAUGUAUAUGCCUAGUGACAUGUUGUGCUCUUUUAAGA